AUGGAUCACACUCGGGACCCCUGCCCCUAUGUCGCUCUGAGUGACUUUGGUGGUGCUUUCUGCAUGGGUGCUAUCGGUGGUGCUGUCUGGCACGGUGUCAAGGGUUUCCGCAACAGCCCCUACGGCGAGCGCCGCAUUGGUGCUCUCACAGCUAUCAAGGCUCGAGCUCCUGUACUUGGUGGUAACUUCGGUGUCUGGGGUGGUCUGUUCAGUACCUUCGACUGUGCUAUCAAGGGUAUUCGCAAGAAGGAAGAUGCCUGGAACGCCAUUUCCGCCGGUUUCUUGACCGGUGGUUCUCUCGCCGUUCGUGGUGGUGUCAAGGCCGCCCGUAACUCCGCCAUCAUGUGCGCCGUUUUCCUCGCAGUCAUCGAGGGUGUCGGUAUUGGUUUCCAACGAAUGAUGGCCGACAACACCAAGCUCGAGCUUCCUCCCCCUCCUCCAUCCGAGCAGAAGGCUUUUGCUUAA